UGCCCCAGGGGCGGGCAGAGCCUAACAGCUGUGCUGAGUAAAGCAUUUCUCCUCUCUUGCCUCUGCCUUCUGGAUGUUUCGUCCGCAGCGGAGGAAGCCCGAGCAAGCCUGGAGGGAGGCAGCCUGUGAUGGGAGCCCGCCCAGAGGCCCCCCGCCGGUGCUGGGCCCCCUGGCUCCUGGGAUUCACCAGCCUCCUCCUCAGCGCCUUCAGCACUGUGGUCAGGAGCCCUGGGGCCCAUGGGUCUGACGUGGAGGAUUCUGGAAGCCGAAUUUCCCUGAAGGGGACUCAAGGAGGCUCUGUGGUGUUUCAUGUGAUCAGACGACCAGAUGACCCUCCUGAAGCCGAGCUGGAGAAGGUCUCUUGGGCCGUUAAAAACAAGACAAAUUACAUGGUCCUCCUGCGUGUCUCUCCUGGGGUAGAUGGUCCAGAAUGGGUCAACUCCCGGGACAAGUUGGAGAGGAGGGUCCAUGUGCUCAACACGACGACCCUGAGGAUGGACAAGCUGACCCUGGAGGACAGUGGGUGGUACCAGACUCGAUCCUCCUUCACCUCAGGGAUAGAAAGUUCCCAGUAUUUCCACCUCAGUGUGUACGAGCCUGUGUCCUGUCCCCAAAUCCAUGCUGAGACUCUGACCCUCACACGAGACUGGUGCAACGUCACCCUGGAGUGCCACCCCACGGGAACCACGGGGGCCGUGAACGUGUCCUGGGAGAGCAAGGGCCUCCCCGGGGAGCUGGAGCAGACGGGGGCCCCGGGCCCGACCACCAUCCCCUGGACCCUGGCUCUGCACCUGCCCCUGAGCCGGCCCAGCUCCAGCGUCACCUGUGUGGUCAGCAACCCGGUGGGCCAGGAAAGUGCCACCCGGGACCUCGGGGAGGUCUGUGGCCACGACUCUGAGGGGGAAACAGGUCCACACAGACAGGCCGGUGCUGCUCCCGUGGGAUGGAUCCUGGGGGCUCUCGGGGUCGUGCUGCUGGUCCUCGGAGCUGGGCUGUACCUGUGGUGCUCACGUGCGAAGAGGAAGCGCAUGGAGCCUGGGAGAGGGGCAGGAUCGCAGGAGGCGCACAGGGACUUCGAUGGUGGCGUCCACUAUGCAGAGCUGACCAGGCCAGGGACCCGAGAUGGCAGGGACAAGCUGUGGCAGGACCCUCUGUCCACAUUUCAGGGAUCGGAGGAACCACAUCCAGGACAGGAGACACCUCUCACUACCAUCUACACUGAGGUCCGCUCGACAGGCCAGGUUGUGUCGAUGAUUUAAUCAGAAGAAGCAGGGAAUCCAGCCUCUGGUGACACCUGUGUUGUGAGUGUGAGGCCUGCAGCCCUGGUCCUGCCCUGCCCCCUCUGACUGCCCUGAGCAGGGGUGGAUUUAGCGACAUCGGUGAAUUUCUACAGGAACUCGCUGUGCACAAGUCACCAGAGGACACACGUCGUGGUGGAUCGAGGGGGACCUGAGUAUUUAACUCGGUCCAAACAUGUGUUCCAGUUCCACUUGGCAUCAGCUCCUUGGGUCCCCGAGAUCGACCCCACUGUCCCUACCUGUACAACAUCAAUCUGCCUGUCAGACCAUGAGUCUCUGGGACAAGGUCAUUAUGGAUUCAGUGUCCAGCCUCGCCCAAUUUAGCCCCUCCCAAGGUCAGGAUGUGCUGGAGAGCUAUUUAAAUAGAAACAUGGCCCAGCGGGGCUCACUGAGUGCUGGGCAGUGAUGGGCACGGAAAUCGUCCUCCGCGUCCCUAACUCACUGGGUCCCCGUGGUCACUCUGUGAGGUGGGAUCCUUGUACCCACUUCACCUGCGAGACGCAGGAGACCAGGAAGGCUGAGAAUCAAGGCCGCCUGAGCAGCUCCGCAGCCGGGGGACGAGGCUCCAGGGCCCGAGUUCCCAGCCCCGUCUGCUCUCCUGCGGCCUGGGACCACCCUCCCUUCUGCCCUGGGGUCCUGGUUCCUGUAGAGCCUCCUGUUUCUCAGGAAAGAAGCAGAAGUUGAUUAGUGACAGCUGCUCAUUCUACCAGUAAGCUUUUACCUGGCCGCUCACGGACCUCUGCCUCCUGUCUCUCCUGUCCCCACGGGGGACGCUGAACUCCUCGGAUCUAAGUAGGACCUUUCCCUACACGUCAAGGCCCAUCUCUGGGGACAAGCAGUCUCGCAACACCCCCUUGCUGAGUCCCACGGACCCCGCUGGCUCCUUCCCUGCAUCCAGGCACCCGGUCUCCCGCUUGCCCUACAGAACACCUGAUUCCGCACCUGGCCCCACCUCACGGGGACCCCUAGAGCCCCAGGAGGUGACCCGCACAUGUCAGCCGCCACCUCCACCCGUAGCUGGGGUCCUGUCUCAGGAAGUGGGCCACACCCUGCACCCCUUCCUUGUGGCUCAGGGCCCCAGAUCCAGAGCCCCCGAUGCCUCAGGCCUGGGCCAAGCGCCUCAGGUACAAAAGAUUUAUUUUGUUGUCACACUUGUCAGAGGAGAGACCGAGAUGCUGAGGACCUAGCGGCUUCCACCACCGACUCAGGAGGAAACAGGCCGAGUCCUUGGGUGUGUGUCGGCGCUCCAUCCCGCCUGUUGGUGCUGAGGGGUCGGCUCCCUCUCUUCACCUCUGCCCUGUGUCCUCCCCCCUGCUCCCGGCUCACCCGCCUGGCUUCCUGUCUUGUGACCCAUGAGCCGGGGGAGAAUGAGCAGGAGCUCAGCUCCCACAGGAGGAAAAGCAGAAGGACCAGCUGGAUCAUCAGCCAGGAAAGCCCACAUUCCUUUAGGGGGAGAGGUUGGGCAUUGCCCUGAGCCCCAGGAGGCACACACCCGCUGUCCUCUGUCUCUCCCGCACCCACACCCAUGUGAAGGGAGCAGCGGACUACUUGCCUGAAUUAGUCCUCCGAGGAAGACAGACGUGGGUCCCCAGUGUCCCUGCCUGUGCGUCUCCCCAGCUCAGCCUGAAGGCCUACCAGGAGCAGGUCGAUCCCCCGAGACCCGAGGAAAGCAAGGAGCCCAUCACCCCUAAAGCCUCAACUUCUGCAAAAGAGCCACACAUGCCAGCCUCUAGCCAAGCCGCUGUGUGUGCGUCACAGCUAAGACUUCCAGAAACAUCCGGGUUGCCAUUGGAAGGAAGAUUCUAAGUGUCUGAGGACAGUGCCAGCAUCUGACGAAGGGGCAGAGCAGGGCUGUGUCUGACUCUGCAGUAAACCUGUGACACCAGCCCCUUGCACUCCAGGGUCUAUAACCUCACCCCUGCGGGUGGGCGGGAUCAGGGAAGCGUCUCCAGGAGGCUGGGCAGCAUGAACCACAGCAGGUGGUGGUGGUGUGACCCCCUCACUGCCCACGAGCAGUGAGAGGAGCCCGACUGGACGUCUGAAAUGAUUCCUGUUUUAGUGUCGACCCGACAGUCCGGGGGGGAGGUCGGAGGUGAGAACACAAGACCACGGUCCCACUGCGCCAGCCUCCCCCUCUCUGCCCUCCACACAGCUCCCCUCCUGGGCGGCUUGCUCACGAUCCCUUCCAGGAACAGGACCAGGCCCGCCGAGGGGAGCCCCGCUCUGGGUCCCAGCCCGAGUCUUCGCCAGGACCCUGCCCGACGGGACAGGGCUGCUGCAGACCAGCAGGGGAUUCCAAACAGGCACAUGGGACACCGUUAGUCUGUGUUUCGGAGGCAGAGCAAUGCUGAGGCUCCUGGGACAUUUCUUCAAACACAUGGACGCAAGGACCAUGAACCUGGGACAUGGAGGCAGAGGGAAGUACAGGGUGGGAAGAGGGGAAAGUGGAGAGUCAGGAUGGGGGGCUGCUGGGAAUCUGCUCCAGGACCACAGCCAACACCUCCCUGACGCAGGAGGUCUCCCGGAGACGGGCGUUCUGGAGAAAAUCGAGGCUCCCUGGGGCCCUGGUGACCUCAUGCCCCGCACGGGCCCAGUGACCCGCCCAGCCACCCUGACCGCCUCCAAAUCCCUCUGUGGUGAGAGCUGGCUGGCUCAGGUGCGUUGAGCCAUAUGUCCCGGGACGUGCAGGGAAUGAGGGACAGACGAGAUGGUCCCUGGGUCUGGUCCUCAAGCCGCUCUCCAGGCAGCUGACUGAGGCUCCGGCUCGUCCAGGAGGGUUUCCAGCCCGAAGCCCCCGGGUCAGCACAGAAGCCGUGCUGCCCAGGGCUGGUCCUGGGGCUCAGGGUCAGGGUCUAGGUUAGCUGCCUCGUAGUCAGAACGUUUUGAGAUGCGGCAGAGGAGGGGAGAGCAAGCCCCACCCUGAGCAGGGCCAGAGGCGCUGGCCUGUGUGACGCAGGCAGUGCAGGGGGGAGGCUGCGGUCAGCAAGGGCCUCUGUGGACCUCAGUGUCCAGAGGUUGGCCACAGGCCUGUUUCCUCUGCCUGGGGGUGUGAGAAAGGAGAGAGUUUGUGCUGGGCAGGGCUGGUCUCCCUCCAGUGGACUUCUCAAGGUCAGGAGGGACGUGGCUCUGGAAAGAUCAGUGGCCCAGGAGCCUGAGAUGUGGGCCUGGCCCUGCCAUAUCCUGCUUCCAGACUGUGGGCUCAUCAAGUCCCCUAUGUAGGCCCCAAAUUCCCCAUCUGUGAAAUGGCCUCUCGUGGGGAUGGUGCCUGAGGUCAGAGGAGCACAUCUCUGCCCCGUGCCUGUGUGUGAGAGCGGGCGCAGGGCUGGCAGUGCCCUGGGGGACGUGCUGGUGGGGGUGCUGCACUGUGGGGGUCUUGUCCUGUGGGAGACCGGGCCAGGCCUGGGUGCUCAGAGAGCCUGGGGAGCCAGCAAUAGGAAACUGCCCCUAUUUGUUUUGGGGGUGGGGCGGGGGUUUGACUCUUCCACAAAGCGCUUUGUUCUUGUGCUCAAAGCGUCUUCCUUAGACACCUGACAGUUGAAGUGCAGAGAAAAUCAGAAAGGAAAUUUGACUGUUAAAUGGUGUAAAGACAAAGGACAGGCCCGGAGCAGGGGGGCCCGUGUCCUUGGGACAGCGGUGAGUGUGACUUUGUAUCCAGCCACCCGCUGACCCUGGAAACACGGCUGCCGGGUUGAGUGAACCAGGAACACAGGUAAGGGGUCCCGCUGGGGGCCGGCUGGGAGCUGAGAUCACCAGGCCUGCGGUGCCCACAGGACGGGGCCCUCCCCCCAGAGGUUCAUCUGUCAUCAUUCCGGAGUCCCAGUGCAGGGCGGAGAUUAAGAGGAAGCAUCUGAUUGGCUUUAUCUAGAGCAGCCAGCUUGUCCAAGACAGUUAGCUCUGCCCCAGGGCUGGGGAGACGCCUAGCAGCUGUUCUAGUGAAGCUCUCCUCCUCUCUGGCCUCUGCCUUCUGGAUGUUUCCCCCGCAGCUGAGUAGGCCCAGAGCAAGCCUGGAGGGAGGCAGCCUGUGAUGGGAGCCCGCCCAGAGGCCCCCCGCCGGUGCUGGGCCUCCUGGCUCCUGGGAUUCACCAGCCUCCUCCUCAGUGAGUGGCCCGGGUCCUGGGGGGGAGGCCAUGUGCGGGGCAGGGAGGGGGCUCCUGUGGGUCUGAUGUCUGUGGGGCAGGACCCGACACACCACUGCUGUCCUAUGUCACAUGCAAAGCCUUGGCUCCGAGCCGGGGCCGCCUCACAAGGGAGCCACACGGCCUCUGCAGCCAUGUAGGGACGAUGGGGCGGCCCAGAGGCCCCGUUGGGGUAGAGAAAACCCGCUCUGGCCCCUGGGGCCCGGAACACACUGAAUUCCUCCUACCAGGAAGGGCGGGAGACUCCCAGGAUUCGAUGGCGUCUGUGUCCACGUGCUGGAAGGGUGUGGAUGGAACAGAGGGCGCUCACAGGCCCCGGGAGGGGGGACGGGGUGGCAGAAAGGGAAGCAGCAGGUCCUGAAAAGGGAACUGAAAGCAAAGCCUGUCUAACGAAACCCAGACAUUCCCUUUCUCACUUCCCCUGAGACCGUCUGCUUUCGUGUACAGAUGAAAUACAAACCAUGGAGAACACUGCGGUCUCAGACUAUGAAUUCCCGGGCAGCCUAGGAAAGCUUUGUUUCCUGUCCUGUUUUGCUUGGAGCCCCAGGCUCCCUGAGGGCGGGGCAGGGGUUCUAGGAAACUCCCGGACCCGGGGCCUCUGGAAACAGGACGUUUGUCACUGGAUAAUGAGUUUGCAAGGAUGGAUACCCCGCUUACCCAGUGAUUUUCUCCGCAACAACAUGUCCGCUUUCUCUCUCUUUCCAUUUUAAUUAACUGGAGAAAUAUGUGAAAUUAUUUAGAGUUUCUCCAUCAACAUGUGGGUGGAAGAUUAUGUAACAAAGGAAGAAGGAAAGGAGGAAGAACGAAGGAGGAAGGAAGGAAGGAAGGAGAAAUGGCAGAAAUGGAAAAUUUUAUGUUGACACCUGAAUGUUAAACUUUCUUAUCUUUACAUCCUGACUCUCUGGAUCACAGGCCCAUGGGCCCCCGGCCGUCUGUCCUUCUGUCCUUCUGUCCUUCCUCUCGGCGAUUAGCCCCUUCUGCCGAUCUGUGAGCUCUCACUCCUUCCUCCCCCCAAGUCUGCUUCCCGCCCCUGGAGCCCAGGCUCACCAUCCAGCCUGGGGGGCAGCCCCUCCCCUGCAGCCUGCGGGCUGAGCCUCCUCCCUGCCUGCUUCCCACCUCUCUGCAGGUACCCAGGUGUCUGUCUCUGCCCCUGAGCAGGGUCUCCAAGACCACAUGUGAAGGACAGCAGCCCUUCCCCGGGGUUUGCACACUCGGUCUACACCACAGGCUCAGGACAUGAGCCACAGCUAGAGCCCACGAGAAGCCUCUAACCACUGGCCUGGUCACAGCAGUGCAGCCCCGCCCGUGUCCCCUAGGAAAGGCCACCCUCCUCCUCCCUGCUCCCCGGGUACUGAGCCCUCUCUCCACCCAGCCUGGGGGACUGAGACAUUCACUAUUGGGUCAGAAUUGCAGGGGAACAGCCCGUGGGAGGGAUCCGCACUGGGGGCUGAACCCCGUCCCUCCGGGAGCCCAGUGCACAGUCCGCACCCCCACACCCCUACCCCGGUUGGAACAAGGACUGAUUCUCUGACUUCACGGAAGUUGCACCAAACGCUGCCUGUUUCCACCUUAGCUCAGCCCUGACUGUGUUGGCGGGUGCUGACCUUGGGUCUCACUGGAUACUUUAUUUGGCCCACGCUUCCCUGAGGGAGCCAGCAGGGGUGAGGGCCCAGGCAGAGAGAGUCAGAGUGCUCCCCUUCCUGGCCCUCAGAAGACUCCAGGUGCACUUACCCGCAUGUGCUGUGUUUGCGGCUGCUGAAUAAACACACACACACCCUGA